AUGGCGGAGCACGCCGGGGCCAGCGCCGAGUCUCGGUGCUGGACCGAUCUCCCUGUGCCCUGCUGGCGCCUGAUCAUGACUCACCUCCACUCCAAGCGCUCCCUGUUCAGCUGCAGCGCAGCCUGCAAGAGCAUUGCGCGCGUCGCGGAUGACCUCGCCACAGAUCUCAGGGGGGUCCCCGCCGGCGAUCUGACGCGCGCGCUCGCGCGGUUUGACCGCGCGACCAGUGUGGCCGUCGACCUGGCUGCAGCGCCGUGGCCGACGCAUCAGAAGAGGGAGGGAGGCGCGUCGGGUCAAGAAGGCGGGCCCGAGGAGCCUGGGGGUUUCCAGGGGUGGUGCGCCGCGGCCGCCGUUUUGGCUAGCGAGCUCCGCGCCGUGCCGCCCCUGGCUGCGGCCCGCAUUGAGCGGCUGUCAGUGUCCAACUGCCCCAGCUACGUCGCCGACACCCUCGCCUACAGCUUCGAGCCGGGUGCGCCCGCAUGGCGGCGGCUGGCGCGCCUGGAGCUCUCGUAUGACGUCACCGCCUCUGGCCCGGCCCCCACACGCCGUUAUGAGUAUGAUUGGGCCGCCGUCAUCCGCGCCGCGGGCGCGCUGCCGGCCCUGCGCAGCAUGCGGCUCGCGGGCGCCAUCUGUCCCUUAUGGGGGUUUACCGAUAGCCUGUGGCUGGGCGGCCUGCAGGAUCUCGAGAUCGUGGGGCCGCCUGUGGAGAUCUCGCCUUAUGACGUCCCGGCGAUACCCGGGCUGCCCGACCUGUUCAGGCUGUCGGUGGCAAGGGUGCGUGGCAGGACGCUGGAGCUUGAACACCUGAAAGAACACCUGACCAGCCUCCAGGAGCUUUGCAUCAGUGACGCCCCGGACUUGCGUGAUGUCAUUGGAUUGUCGUCGCUCGCGGCGCUGACCUCCCUCCGCGUCCACGCCUGCCCCGACGCCACUCGCAACGCAGCCUUAUUGCUGGCCACGGUGCUGGUCGCGCUGACUCAGCUGCGGGCCCUCGAGCUGACCGGCACCACGACCCUCGAGAAGCUGCCGGCGGCGAUUCCUUUUCUCAAAGCGCUGACCAGCUUGGUGGUUGACGUGCGCAUGCGCGACAGCGGCCCCGAUGGGCCCGAGCCCAAGGACUUUGCGCCACUAGGCGACGGCACGGGGCUGCUGAGGUGCUUCGGCUUGCGGCGGCUGGUGGUGCGGGGGUUCAGCGGGCCGCUGCACAUGCCGGAGGGGAUGGAGCGGUUUUCGCUGCUGGAGGAGUUGGACCUUGGUGGCUGCCAGGACGUGUGGAACCUCGGCCCCUGGCUGCUGCGCCUGCCCGCCGUCAAGCGCCUCGUCGUGCCGCGCCGCUCUGUGCAGCAGGGCGUGUUUGAGGCGCUCGCCCUGAGGACCGACCCCCACCGAGAGGAAGUGGUGGAGGAGGGGGCCCGGGACGACGGCGAAGGGCAGGAGGGUGAUGAGCGUCCCAGCUGGCGCAAUUGCACGAUAUCUUGA